UAUGUAGGGGUGUGUGUGUGUCUGAGGGGGAGGAAAGUGCAUGAAGUAAAUGGGAGGGAUGUAACCUGCCUCACCAAGGUAUAAAUUACAAGAGUUUUGCGGUGUGUUGAUCUGGGAUGUAUGUUUGAUCUGGGGACAGAUCAAGCAGCUCUUUCAUCAGCUACAGAACUACUUGAAGCACAAGGACGCGCUGAUGGGGCAGUUUGCGUCCAAACGUAACGUACAGACCCAGGGUGUGCACUUCUCCACCAAUGAGGAGGGACCUCCCAGGUACUCCUCACACCACUUUAACGGCAGCACCGUCAAUGGAGGCAAUGGGCUUCAAAUUCCUCCCACCAUCGUCGUCUCCGAUGAGUCCAGUACAGCAGAGCGUCGCGGCUCCAGGGCAGAUCUGCGCAGGUCCUCCGUCUACAGCACCAUGGACCUGGUGCCCCAGCUGGAUCAUUACGCCAAUUCUUUGCCACGCCAGAUGAUAAAGAGCAGGCCGUCUCUUGAAACCCUGCGCAAGACGCCUGAGGUUGUGGAGAUCGGAAUGGACGGAGUGUCCGGCUCCGACUCAGGCAGCCUGCCGGGACCAGAUAUGGAAAACGAAGAGUCUGAAGGUCCUAAGGGCAAAGCUCCAGUUAGAUUUGGCUGGUUAAUCGGCGUCAUGAUGCGCUGCAUGCUGAAUAUUUGGGGGGUUAUCAUGUUCUUGCGUCUGUCAUGGAUCACGUCUCAGGCAGGCGUUGUGUUGACUUGUGUAAUUAUUGGGAUGUCUGUGGUGGUGACCUCUAUUACUGCGCUGUCCAUCUCUGCUAUUGCCACCAAUGGGAGGGUGAAAUCAGGCGGUGCGUAUUUCAUGAUCUCCCGUACGCUGGGUCCAGAAAUCGGAGCACCAAUUGGACUGGUGUUCUCCUUUGCAAACGCGCUGGCUUGUUCGCUCCACACUGUUGGUUUUUCAUUGGUGGUUCGUGAUUUGUUGCAUGACUUUGGUGCCAUCAUGGUAGAUUCAAUCAAUGACGUCCGCAUUGUGGGCGUAAUCACAGUCACGAUUCUUCUUAUGAUUGUUCUGGCUGGAAUGGAGUGGGAGUCCAAGGCCCAGAUUUUGUUCUUCUUAGCGCUUAUGGUGUCCUUUGCAAACUACCUUAUUGGCACCGUAAUCCCUCCAAACGAUGAUAAAAAGGCUAUCGGCAUCUUCGGAUACCGAGGCGAUAUUUUUGUCCAGAACCUCACACCAGACUGGCGGGGCCCUGACGGCAAUUUUUUCCGGAUGUUCGCCAUUUUCUUUCCUGCUGCUACUGGCAUUAUGUCCGGGGUCAACAUCUGUGGAGAUCUAAAGGACCCUGCAACAGCUAUCCCAAAGGGUACAUUGUGGGCUAUUUUUUGGACAACAUUCAGCUACGUGGUGAUAGCCGUAACUACUGGGUCAAGUGUAGUGCGGGACGCCUCUGGGAAUAAAAGUCACAUCCUGACGGGAAACAACACGGACGGCUGCGUGGGACUGGCGUGUAAAAUGGGUUGGAACUUCACAGACUGUAGCCAGUCGAAGACCUGUCGAUAUGGACUCGCCAACAACUUCAAUGUUCUUGGACAACUCUCCGGUGUUUACUACAUCAUCCUUGUGGGUAUCUUUGCUGCCACUUUAUCUUCUGCCCUGGGUUUUCUUGUCUCUGCACCCAAAAUCUUUCAGUGUCUGUGCAAGGACCAAAUAUACCCCUACAUCAUUUUCUUUGGGAAAGGUUAUGGGAAAAACAACGAGCCAUAUCGAGCUUACGUUCUCUGCUUCCUUAUUGCUACAGCCGUCAUCCUUAUUGCGGACCUUAACGCCAUCGCUCCCCUCAUCUCUAAUUUCUUCCUUUGCUCCUAUUGCCUGAUUAACUUCAGUUGUUUUCAUGCGUCCAUCACCAAUUCCCCUGGCUGGAGACCGUCCUUCAAACACUACAGCAAAUGGGCGGCUCUGUUUGGAGCGGUCAUAUCUGCGGUGCUGAUGUUCCUGUUCACCUGGUGGGCCGCUCUAGUCACCUGGUGCAUCAUCAUCUUCCUCUUCGGAUACGUCAACUACAACAAACCGAAGAUAAACUGGGGUUCGUCGAUCCAGGCAGGCACAUACAACAUCGCUUUGUCUUCCUCCGUCUCUCUGACCGGAGUGGAGGAUCAUGUGAAGAAUUUCAGGCCUCAGUGUCUCGUCCUGACUGGUCCUCCAAACCAGCGGCCCGCACUGGUGGACUUUGUCUGCACCUUCACGAAGCACAUCUGCCUCAUGAUCUGUGGCGAUAUUAUACUGGAGCAGGACAGGAUGACGCGGCCUGAGGACACCACAGACUGCCUGGUUAAGUGGCUGAACAAGAGGAAGGUGCGGUCGUUCUACACUUCUCUCACUGCUGACAACUUAAGGGCUGGAGCUAAGCAGCUGCUACAGGCGUCCGGUCUGGGUAAACUGAAACCCAACACUCUGGUUCUGGGCUUCAAGAUGAACUGGAGGGACAGCGCUCCGGAAAGCAUUGAGGAUUACAUCAGCACCAUUUAUGAUACAUUUGACUCUAACUACGGUUUGUGCAUCUUGAGGAUGGUGGAAGGACUGGAUAUCUCUGAUGAUUUAGAAUAUGAAGUCAACCAGGGCUUUGAGGCCGAUGAAAAUGUGGACAAUCCGGACCAGCAAACCAAUGAGCAGGAAACGGAUGCAGCUGAUGACAUGUCUGACGAAGGCAGCAGCGAUCAGAUGAACACCGUGUUUCAAAACAACCAGGGAAAGAAAACCAUUGACGUCUACUGGAUAGCAGACGAUGGAGGUCUGACUCUACUGGUGCCCUACCUGAUCACCAGGAGGAAACGCUGGCGCCGAUGCAAGAUCCGAGUUUUCACCGUGGGCGACGAACAAAACAUGGAGAAGGGUCGCGAUGAGAUGAUGACUCUGCUGAAUAGGUUUCGUUUGGACAUUAGUGAUGUUAUAGUCAUGACAGACAUUGAGAAACGCCCUCAUCCAAAGAGCUUGAGCAGGUUUGUGGACAGUGUCGCCCCCUUCAGGCUGCAUGAUGAGCAGCAGGAAGGCGUCUCUGUGGAGGAGCUGAGACAAAGCGCUCCCUGGAAGAUAUCUGACAAACAAUUUGAGGCCUUUAAGCUGAAGUCUGAGAGUAAGGUGAGGCUGAAUGAAAUCAUUCGGAAGAAUUCGAAACACACCGCUCUUGUUCUAGUGAGCCUUCCAGUUCCUCAAAGCGAUUGCCCCAGCGCUUUGUAUAUGGCCUGGCUGGACACUCUGACGUGUGGCCUUCGCUGCCCCGCCGUGUUGAUACGAGGAAACCAAGAGAACGUCCUCACGUUGUACUGCCAGUAAAACUAGCGAUGCACCGAUCCACUUUCUUUCACUUCCAAUAUCAAUAUCUGAGGUUUAGCAUUGUCCGAUAAAUUGACUUAGUGAAAAAGUGAAAAGUAAACUGCAACAAACCUUGAAGAACGACGGCGCUCAGAGCACAAAGCAUAGAACUGCCUAGCCCCUAUGAACCGGACACAUUGUUACUGGUACCCUAUCUAGAAUAAUUUACUUUUCAAUAUCGGAACCGAUGCAAAUAUUUAAUAUCGGAUCAGAGUAUCUCAAAGUGAAAUUUUAUGUUUAGACAAGGGAUUGCAAUAGGAAUGAAGAACUGUUCUGUAAAUAAUUCUCCAUGAAUAAUGGCGAGAUGAAAUGUUGAAAUAUGUAUGUCUGUAAUAUUACAAAAAGAGAUGUACGUAGCUAUUGGUUUGAAAAAGAUGUUGUAGCUCCUGCUGGAGUCAAAUGAGUUAACAACAAUGUAUAGAUAUGCAGUAACUUGAUGUAGUGAAUUUAUUUUUCUUGUGGAUCUUAAUUUAGAUUUCAGUUCAACCAAUAGUUGAGUUUCUUGGUUCUUAAAGAGGAAGAGAUGAGAAUCAGACUCAAAAAUACACAAGAGUGUUUUAUAGGAUCCUGUUAGCCACACAAUCUAGACUUAAAAUGUAAAAAACAAACAUCCUGAAGAAGCUUAAAAAGAAGUAUCAAAGAACAUUAGUCAAAAAAAUAAAAAAUACAUAUAUGAAAAGAAAAGGCUGGGUCAUAAAUCAGAUUAAUUAAUGCCUAUUCCAUACAAGAUUUUCCUGACAAUUUUUGUCCCGAUUUUAAGGAUUAUCUUGGUGCUCUUGAGAUAAACUUGGAAAAAUAUUCCUGCCAUCUCGUCUUGAGCCAAUACUGUAGCAAGCGUUCCUUGAGAGAUAGGAAGGUUAUUAUCAUUAUAAAACCUUAAAUAUAUUAUAUAUUCAAGGAAUUUCCCUGACAUUAUCUUUAAAUGCCACAUACUGUGAAUUGAUGACUUCUGGAGUAAAACGGUUUGGUAAAAUCAACCAUUUUCUUUUUGAUUGUCAAUAUUUUUUAUGUGAACUCUUAUCGAUUGAGCACAUACUUUAUGUUGCUGUAGCAAUAUGUAAAUGUUCAUACUGUAAGUACGGUCAUGGGUUGUGUCUAACUCAUAUGAUAUACACUUUUUGAUGAUGUGAAAGCUCUGCUAAGGGAAAAAAAAAUAUUCAAACAAUAGAAAAUGUCAUACAGUUAAUUCAGCAGUUAAUGGCUUUAUGUGUUUUUUCUGUUUCUUUCUAAUUGUAUAACGAUGCACGAGUACUUGUACAUGUAUAUUUUGGCUGUGUAAUUUUUUCUAAAAUAUGAAAUAGAGAGUUUUUGUUGUGUACACCUUUUAUUACUGACUACAGAAUUUAAAAGUUUAGUAUCUUUAUUUGUCUCGCUUGGGAGAAAUUCUUUCUGGACUGGAGAAAACCGCUACAACGAUCACAUUAUACACCCUAGGACAUGAAAAAUGAUCAAAUAAAUUGUAUUUUCCAUAAAAAAAAUCAUUAAACAUGUGACCAAUGUCA